AUGCUUGCCAAUUCAGCCAGCGUGCGCAUUCUCAUCAAGGGAGGCAAGGUGGUGAACGAUGACUGUACCCACGAGGCGGAUGUCUACAUUGAGAACGGCAUCAUCCAGCAGGUGGGCCGGGAGCUCAUGAUCCCUGGUGGAGCUAAGGUGAUUGAUGCCACCGGGAAACUGGUGAUCCCUGGAGGGAUUGACACCAGCACCCACUUCCACCAGACCUUCAUGAAUGCCACGUGUGUGGACGACUUCUACCACGGGACCAAGGCGGCCCUCGUUGGAGGCACCACCAUGAUCAUCGGUCACGUCCUGCCAGACAAGGAGACCUCCCUUGUCGAAGCCUAUGAGAAGUGCAGGGCUCUGGCUGACCCCAAGGUCUGCUGUGACUAUGCCCUCCAUGUAGGGAUCACCUGGUGGGCACCCAAGGUGAAAGCAGAAAUGGAGACUCUGGUUCGGGAGAAGGGGGUCAACUCCUUCCAGAUGUUCAUGACCUACAAAGACUUGUACAUGCUCCGAGACAGUGAGCUGUACCAAGUGUUUCAUGCCUGCAGGGACAUUGGGGCCAUCCCCCGGGUCCACGCUGAGAACGGAGAGCUUGUGGCUGAGGGUGCUAAGGAGGCUCUAGAUUUGGGUAUCACAGGCCCAGAAGGAAUUGAGAUCAGCCAUCCAGAGGAGCUGGAAGCGGAAGCCACUCACCGUGUCAUCACCAUUGCAAACCGGACUCACUGUCCCAUCUACCUGGUCAAUGUGUCUAGUAUCUCAGCUGGUGAUGUCAUUGCAGCUGCUAAGAUGCAAGGGAAGGUGGUGCUGGCCGAGACCACCAACGCACACGCCACACUCACGGGCUUGCACUACUACCACCAGGACUGGUCCCAUGCAGCCGCCUAUGUCACGGUGCCUCCUCUGAGACUGGACACCAACACUUCCACCUACCUCAUGAGCCUGCUGGCCAAUGAUACUCUGAACAUUGUGGCAUCUGAUCACCGGCCAUUCACCACAAAGCAGAAAGCCAUGGGCAAGGAAGACUUCACUAAGAUCCCACACGGUGUGAGCGGUGUACAGGAUCGAAUGAGCGUCGUCUGGGAGAGGGGAGUGGUUGGAGGAAAGAUGGAUGAGAACCGUUUUGUAGCCGUCACCAGUUCUAACGCAGCCAAGAUUCUCAACCUGUAUCCUCGCAAGGGCCGCAUCAUCCCGGGAGCUGAUGCUGAUGUGGUAGUGUGGGAUCCAGAAGCCACCAGGACCAUCUCAGCCAGCACCCAGGUGCAGGGUGGAGACUUCAAUCUGUAUGAGAACAUGCGCUGUCACGGUGUACCACUGGUCACCAUCAGCCGGGGACGUGUCGUGUAUGAGAAUGGUGUCUUCAUGUGUGCGGAGGGCACCGGCAAGUUCUGUCCCCUGCGGUCUUUCCCAGACAUUGUCUAUAAGAAGCUGGUACAGAGAGAGAAGACCUUAAAAGUGAGGGGAGUGGACCGCACUCCCUACCUAGGAGAUGUCGCUGUUGUUGUCCACCCUGGGAAAAAGGAGAUGGGAACACCACUGGCAGACACGCCCACACGGCCAGUCACCCGGCACGGGGGCAUGAGGGACCUUCAUGAAUCCAGUUUCAGCCUCUCUGGUUCUCAGAUUGAUGACCACGUUCCAAAGCGGGCCUCAGCUCGGAUCCUUGCGCCCCCUGGAGGCAGGUCGAGCGGUAUUUGGUAAAGGCUCUGACCAGACCCCCCCAACAAGUGAGGAUGCUCCAC